AUGAAGGAACUCUGGUUUCUGAGAAAUGAAUGUACUUAUGGUAAAGGGAAAUGUGAUCACAAUGCCACUAAGAAGAAGAUAAAACAAUCAAUUGCAGAUGGUGAUCUCAGAUUGACUACAAAUAUGUGGAACAAGCAGUAUGAUCUACAGAUACUGAAGACUUUUGGUCUGAAGACAAGGGGUGUGAAAAAUCUGAUCAUUAAAGAAGUCUUCUUUCAGUUACCAGAACAGGGGAAAUUACUACUUUGUUGUGAUGGAGCCUCCAUAGGAAACCCAGGAUGUGCAGGUUAUGGUAUUUUGGGAAUACUUAGCACUGGAGAAUUUGUUAUUGCUAUUUCAGGUGGUCUAGGUAUCUCUACCAACUACUAUGCAGAGGUAUUUGCAAUUCUAAUGGAAGGAGAGUGGGUCAUCCAUCAUGCUUUCAAUGAGAUUGUAUUCAGAACAGAUUCAAAAGCUGCAAUAAGUGCUUUUCAGAGUAAUAAGCUUCCAUGGUUUGCAGUCCCAAGGUGGGAAAAGAUCUGCGCAAAGAUAGAUUCUUGUAAUUUCAAACAUAGUUACAGAGAAGUUAAUUUCUCUGCAGAUUCAAUGGCAAAGAAAGGAGCAAUGUUAAGAAGAGGAGAACAUAAAAUAUUUGAAAGUAAACCCCCUUUUUUGAAUAGUCUAGAAAAUCCUGAUCAAGUGUAUUUUAGAUUUUGUUAG